AUGCCAAUAAGAAAUUAUUUUACCGAAAAGAUUUCAACAAUUGCAAAAUCUUUCUAUGAGUAUUUUAUUGGAACUAUCAUGCAAUUUGGAAACGAAAUUGCAUUGAACGAUCCGGAAACAAUGAAAUUUGUUACCUAUUCCGAGUUAAUUAAUCGAUCACAGCAAAUGCUUAGUGCUCUAAUAAGGAUAGGUAUUCAACAUGGUGAUGUAAUUGGUACAUAUGUCGGUAAUUCUUCUGAUUAUAUUACAUUUAUAUUAGCUGCCACUGGUCUUGGAGCUAUUUUGGUACCAUUGAAUCCGGCAUAUAAAAGUUACGAAAUUGAAAAGUAUUUCAAGAAAGCUUCAGUUAAAUGGAUAUUAACAGAAGAGAAGUUAUUGGAAAAAAUUCAACAUUUGGAGAAUAUGGAAGCGAUAAUUUUUUUUUCGUCCGGAACAACUGGAUUACCGAAAGGAAUUCUUUUAAGUCACAAUACACUUAUUGCUAAUGUCGAAUUGAUCCGCAAAACUCAAGGAAUCAAAUGUGGAAAAUAUGAAAUGGUUAGUUUGAAUGGUAUGGACGUGGUAUACGGUGUGUUACCGUAUUUUCACGCUGGUGGUCUGCUUACUGUUUUUGGUCUUUUAGGAUUAGGUGUUCAAAUAAUUAUAAAUCGAAAAUUUGAUGGCAAACAAUUCCUGGAAACGUUAAGCAGUUAUCAGGUGACAACAGCCUUGUUGGUGCCACCAGUACUAAAGUUUCUUGCAGUUACUCCUAAUCUAAAUCUUGAAACAUUCCAUUCUCUAAAACAGAUCUUCGUCGGAUCAGCUCAUGUUAACGAAUCACUUAUCAAAAUGGUGAAACAUCGUUUGCCCAAAACAGAAAUUAUUCAGUUAUAUGGUGCAACAGAAGUUGGUGCUCUUGUUUUCAUGGAGCCAUUAUAUCCGACAGGAAAAGAUGAAAGUUGUGGAAUUUUAUUGCCAGGUGUUGAAUGCAAAAUUAUGAAGUCAUCGAGUAAUGAAGAAUGUAAAGAAAUGGAAAUAGGUGAAAUAUGGCUGAAAACAACAACAAUGAUGCAAGGAUAUCUCGAUAAAACUACCGAUACCGACGAUGCUUUUGUUGACGGAUGGUUUCGAACUGGUGAUUUGGGAUAUUAUGACUUCGAUCAAUUCAUUUACAUAACUGGUCGUAUUAAAGAGAUGAUCAAAGUCCGCGGUUGGCAGGUGUCACCUUAUGAAAUUGAGGAAACAAUCGAAGAAUUAAAGGAUGUUGAAUUAUGCGCAGUGAUUGGUAUUCCCGAUGAAUACAGUGGACAGCUACCAAAAGCUUACAUUCAACUUCGUGAUGGUUGUCAACUGGAUGAAAAUAUAAUUCAUCAACUUCUGAAUACUAAAUUUGCAAGUUACAAGCAACUAAAAGGUGGUAUUCAGUUUAUCAGCAAUAUGCCAAUUAAUAGUGCUGGGAAGAUAUCACGGAGAGAACUGCUGAAAAUGAAUGAAAUAGAAGGUAAAGCAGUUCAAUCAAAAUAUGAUUUGUGA